AUGCAGACAAAUCUUGCGGUUCACUUUCGCUGGCACCUCACUUAUUCAGUCUUUCCCUUGCACCUCUCCAGUAUAAAUAAGCCCGCGCACUGUAAGCUCUCAUCCUAUCUUCGCAACAACCUAGCUCAGGCAGCUAUGACACUUCCACCUGGAGUCAGAUACUCCAUCUUUCGCAACAACGUUGAAGUCCCGCUCAUCCCGAUCGACCAACUGCCUUUCUACAUUAAAGGCUUGCCACGCGAACUUACGCUUUUCCGAAAGCACAAAGAAGGCUGGAAGGCGAUCGGGGAGACUCAGCAGCCUGCAGUACCGGUUACCAUCCGAGCUCCCUCCGAUUUGCAUUCGAGACCGUCCCCAGCAAACACGAAUCGUAUGUUCCUGCCGCCCGACUAUGAUGCUCGUAAAGGCCCUGUCAUGGUGUCGCGGGAUCUGAGGCUCCUGCCAGAGACUAGCUCUGCUUCGGUCGCCCCUACGGAGGGACUUGUCAACCGUCUCGUAAGCACAUCGCCAGAGGAACGCUUAGCGUCGACUAGGACGAGCAGGUAUGUUGCAGCUCGCUCGGAAGGAGUCCAGUAUCCACCUUACCGUCUUUCAAACCCCUCUGGUGUUGAGCCCGACCCAUCUAAGAAAGAGUUCUGCACACACUGGAUCAGGACGAAUUCCUGUGACUUCAUGCAACAGGGUUGCAAGUACAAGCAUGAAAUGCCUGACCGCGAAAAGCUGAAAGAUCUGGGCUUUGCCGAGAUCCCAAAGUGGUACAGAGAUAAGAUGGCUACUCAUGCUGGGGCGUCGAGCUGGUUACGACCACGCGCGACUCAAGACAAUAAUGACCGACAGCUUUCGGCCGAACCUGCAGCGUCACGUGCCUUCUAUCCGUCA